AUGACAAGUCGAAAGGAACAACUCGACAAAGUACUCCAACUUUCUCUUUCCGAAACGGUUGCCCACAUAUCGCUGGAAAAGUUUGCUCAAUGUUUUCCAAACUUCAAAAAGGGGAAGGUCAUCGCCGGUAUUCAUGCGCAACUUACGAACUUCUUUCGCAGUGCUUGCAGUAAGGAGUACGCGAAACUUAUUGAAGAGCGUGAUUUGUAUCGCAAGUUAGAUUUGUUGGAUGAAUGUAUUGCCAAGGCCAAAGCACGUCAAAGUUCGGGCGCCGUCCCUAUAAACGUAUCACAAAAAAAUCCUGAAGACAUACUCUUAGCACAUUUUUACAAUUACAAACAGUUGUUUCUUCAAAAACUGGAGGCUCAUCUCGCAGAAGUCGACGCGGAAAUCGCACAGUUGGAGCAAGAUCUGGCAAAAGAAAAAAAUGGUACUAACGAAACAAUUGAACUGCUACAAGCUCAGCUCGACAAACUUGAAGCCUCCAUCACUGGUAUUCGCAACACGCCAGCCUAUGAAAAGGUUGGCCCCACCAUCGACCAUGUCUUUCAACAACUGGAAAAGGAACAUACUGAGUAA